GGUUGUAUACAUUAAACAGUCAGCUGAAUAUGACAAUCCUGUAGGGGACCAGAAGAUACUGAAAUAUAUUUUUAGUAUAAAAGAGAGAAGCCAACUCAAUAUUACGACUGGCAGUAACUGAGAAUAAAGAGGGUAGACUCUGUCAAAGGCACCAAUAUGAGUCAUACUUGGAAUCAUAGGCAACAAAGACAAAAACAAGAUGUAGAAGAAGAAGAGGAGAACAAAAACCCCCGCAGCCACAUGCAUAACCAGCAGAAUCAGACUCGUCUUGACACCAUGUCCAAGUGUGAAGUUGCAGAGCUAACAUGGGAAAAUGGGCAACUAGCCAUGCAAAGACUUGGAAGUAACAAUGAGCAAGCAAAACAGAAAUGGGAAAGGGCCAGCGACACACUAGAGUCCUUCGUGCAUCAAGCCACUUUCCAAAAGCAAAAUCAUACUAAUAAUCUAAUGGGAAGUGCCCAAAAUCAGGCAAGCAUCAACAGGGAGAAAAAUGCGUAUUCUUGUGGGGGUCAAUGGGGUGAGACUUCUUCUGCACUGAAGCAACAAACAAGAGUACUAAAGAGGAUGAGAUCAGAUUCUGACCCCCAAUUAUAUGUUGGUGGAAGAUCACAUGCUGAACUUAGCGCUCGUGCAAGUGCUCGGGACAAUGAUACCACCAUGAUGACAUGGCCUUGUUCCUUUGAUGAAUCUUCUCGCAGUUUUAAGUCUAAAGCCACUUGUAACGAGGAUUCCCCCUUCCAUGGUGGCUCGGAAAAAAAGGAGGAAGAACGUGAAAGAAAAAGCUCCAACCCUUUAAAACACAGCCGAAAGGCUGCUGUUCAUAACCAGUCAGAGCGGAGACGGCGAGAUAGAAUCAAUGAAAAGAUGAAAGCUCUACAGAAGUUGGUGCCAAAUGCAAGUAAGACAGAUAAAGCAUCAAUGCUGGAGGAAGUGAUAAAGUACUUAAAGCAGCUUCAAGCACAAAUUCAGUUGAUAAACUAUGCUAGAAACAUGGACCAGCAAAUGAUGAUGAUGCAACCACAUAUUCAAAUGCCAUUACUAGCAAGAAUGGAUGGUCUUAGUCUUGGCAUGAGCAAUGCAGGAAUGCUUAACAAUAUGACUGCUAAUUUAGCUCGAGCUAAUGCUCAGUCUCUUACAGCUCCCCUUAUUUAUAAUCCAACCUCAAUUGCCACUCCUUGUCAUCCCUUCAUGUCCUACGCCAUGGCCCCGACCAUUCCGACUCCACCACAAGCAAAUUAUGGUGAUGCUGCCAGUGCCACAGUCGCCAAAGCUGCAGCUGCCCCCAAUAUUGCAACCACUUCACUCCAUUUUAACAAUUACCCCUAUAGUGCAUUUCCACCACAAGUAAUUUCAUAUAUGCAAAUGUUAUUGACAGGCGCUUUUCCCUGAAUUUAAUCUUUCAAUUUUUACACUAUCAGAU